AUGACCCUGACAUCCGAUUCGUUCAGUCGUUCUCUUGAAACAUAUCAUAACUGGUCCGUUGAUGAGGUUAUAGAGUGGACAUGGUCUGAGUUACAAUUGAAUUGUAGUCUCCCAGAUGAGAGCGACACAUCAAUUAAUGUAGGUGGGUCGGUUAAAGAGGAUGGUAGGAAAAACAGUGACAAUGAAGAGACAAGUACAGAGGAUAAACCGCUGAAAAAACAGGAAAUAGAGGAAGGUUCUGAACAAAUGUAUGUGGGUUCAGAUACUUCAGCAUGUAUCAGUCCUAUCAUUGAUCCAUACAGCAGCAUUAAAAGCAACUUUCAUGAGAAUGCAAUUACAGGGGACGUCUUGCCAUUUUUGUCUCUCGAGGAUUGUAAGCGAGUAUUCAACAACGAUACUAAAUUAGCAGUCAAAUUUAAGGUGUCCAUAAAUAAACUUGAAAGAGUCACGAAUCCCACAGACAGAAAUGACAAGGAGUUGGUAAAUACUCUGAAUAAUCUUCAUAUUACCAUUUCAGAAAAGUUGCAAGAAUAUCAAUCGCACUAUUCCCGACUCCGCAUGGAUGUUUUAGAGGUAAUGAAAAGAAGUGCCACAAAUUCUGCCGCAUUCUCAUCAGGAACGCACCCUCAGCAAUCAAUUCAAGUCCAAGAUUACUUUGAAAGGCCGCAACACAAUCAUCAUUCAGGUUAUCCUUCGCCGAUAUCACCUAGGAACCACCCUGUUACUGGUCCCUUGCAACGUCGCGCCAGUUCUAGCACGGCCCCUAAUGUCGGACAACAAUCCGGUAUGUCCUCAACAACAGCUUUGGGUGGCAGUGCAGGCAAUAGUUCCAGUCAGUUAGCGAACAAUACAAGCCCAAAUGAGCCAUUAAAGCAGCUGCGUGCGUCAAAAGAAGAUUCCACCGAAAAGAUAUUGAAAAAUGCGAUGAAAAAGCAUAACCUGAAUGAAGUCGAUUGGAGGCAAUAUGUAUUGGUUAUCUGCUACGGGGACCAAGAGAGAAUUUUAGAGAUGGAUGAGCAACCCGUAGUAAUAUUUAAAAAUUUGAGGCAACAAGGGCUUCAUCCUGCAAUCAUGUUAAGACAAAAAGGCGACUUUGAAGAAGUAGGAGAUCUGACCCCCGGUGGAAGAUUGUGA